GACUCGGAAAUAAUUCCGGUUACAUUUCUACUGUAGGACAAACGUGGGUUCUGGAGUGGCAGUCAUAGUAGAAGGGGUUAUAUAAACAAGUACAGUAAAAUAAAUAAAUACAUAAAAAAUAAAACCUCUAUAUCUAUACGCAAUUUAAGUAAAUCAGGAUGGCAGCCUGGAGCUGCAGACUCUUCAGGUUGGGAGGCUCGAUGGUUAGAGGGAGUCAUGUCCUUGGUAAAUCGACAGCAGCAGUGAGGGCACCAUGUGUACUUUUUGUCAGAAGUGUUAAGAGUAGUACUUGGUGGGAUGAACAUCUUUCAGAAGAAAACAGUGAGUUUCUCAGAAAACUGGUUCCAGAGGAGUACAAGAGCCAAACCACAAGCAAACUGUGUCCACUGAAAGAUGAACCCUGGCCUAGGGAAGCAUGGGAAUCAGGAAGCCGACGAGUUGGUUUAAUUGCUGUGAAGCUGGGAAUGAUGCCUAUCUGGACAAAGACGGGAGAAAAGCACGUUGUCACAAUGCUUCAGGUACAAGAUUGCCAUGUCCUUAAAUAUACACCAAAAGAAGAACAUGAUGGAAUAUCUGCUGCCCUUGUUGUUGGAGCGAAAAAUGUAUCUCCAUUUCAUAGGACAGAAGAUUCAAUGGAGAUGUUUCGUAAUGCCGGAGUACCUCCAAAACAGAAAAUAACAUUUUUUAAGGUGUCAGACAAUGCUAUAAUUAAGCCAGGUACACCAUUGUAUGCUGCCCACUUUCGACCAGGACAGUAUAUUGACGUGACUGCAAAAACCAUUGGCAAGGGUUUCCAAGGUGUAAUGAAGAGGUAUGGGUUUAAAGGCCAGCCAGCUUCACACGGACAGACCAAAACACACAGAAGGCCAGGGGCAUCAGGCCCUGGUGGUGAUCCUGCCAGAGUGUUUCCAGGGAAAAAGAUGCCUGGGAAAAUGGGAAAUGUCUAUGAUACUGCCCAUGGGCUAAAGGUAUGGAGAGUGAACACCAAAUCUAACAUUAUCUAUGUAAACGGCUCUGUCCCAGGCCACAGAAAUUGCUUAGUGAAGGUCAGGGAUACAGUCCUACCUUCGCACCUGGAGAAAAAUCUGAAUCCACCGUUCCCAACCUUUUUUGCUGAUGGGGAUGAAGAGCUACCAGAAGAUCUGUAUGAUGCUGAAAUGUUUCAGUUCACUGAACCCUCUGUCACUUACAAUUAAAAAAAAAAAAAAAAAAAAAAAAACAUUCCUUUGAAUUUCUUGCUCUGGAAACCUGGAUCCUACUAUUGCUGGUAGCUUUCGGGAAUGGUUGGCAUUACUUUUUUGGUUGCUGCCACUUCCUACAGUAAAACGCACAUACUGUGAAGAUGUGGAAGGGAAAACUGUCAUAAAAAAAGUCAGUAAAGAGUGGAUAAUUAAUAACCCCUAAUAGCUGUGCACCAUCAAUCUAUACUCAAUAAAGUAUUUAUACAAA